UUCUUUUUAAAAAUAUUUUUUAGUGUGGGAUGAUUAGGUACAUUACCUGUUUCGUAAGCAAUAAUCUUCCAAUCAGAGAACAUGAUUCCCAUUCAUUAACCAACCAAUCAAACAGCAUCGCAUACAUGUGUUAGAUGUUUUUUUUGGGGGUAAAAUGCCCUUAGAAAUCUCUAUAAUAGAAUUCAUCUAUUUUUAGUAAAAUAUAAAGAAAUAUUUUUGUUUGUUUCUAUAGAGGUAAAAAUAAUAUUUUCUAUACUUUCCCUUAUAAAUAGAGAAAUUUUAUUAUAAAGACAUACGUUAGAAUAAAUUCAAUUCUAUAGUAGAAAUUCUUUAUUUUGGAAGAAAGUACAAAGAUGAAAAUAAUUAAGAUGUGUUCAAGAUGAUCUAAGAUGUUUUGUCCGCGUGCGAAUAAGUUAUUGUUCAUACAUAUAAAAAACAUUUAUAAUAAAUUAAAUAUCAAAUUUCUUACAUACAAACAAAGUUUUUCAUCGUAAUAGAAAUAAUUAUUGCGUAAAUAAACUUGAAAAAUUCAUGCGUUUGCAAUAUUUAAUAUAAAUAAAAUAUUAAAUUUUAAUAUAUGACAAAAAAAAUCUUUCAUAAAUAAUAGUAUUAGAUAGUCUCAUGUGUUGGCAUAUCCUCUGUUUUGGUCGUGUAUGGUUGUAAAGUUCUUGUCUCGACACUUGUAUCUCUAAACUUGUCAAUUUCAAUCCAUCGUUCCAGUCUAAUAUACUCUGUUUUAGAGUCUCACAACCCAUAAAUAGAAACACAAGUCACAAAAGAGGGACAGAUAGAGAUCACCAUCUCUGUUUCUUGUUGAUUUAUUUAACCAAUUUGAUCUCACAUGCAUGAUUACACAAUUGCUCUGUUUCUUCUUGUUCUUGUUUCUUCUAUUACAAGCAACAAUGAUCUUUAAACGCUCUUUCAAAAACUUCGUUGAACAAGAACUCGGAUCUUUCCCUAAAUUCCUCAUCUACACCGUCCUCGAAUGGAUUCUCAUCACCGCCCUCUUCGUCGACGGGGUUCUCGCCUUUCUAUCAAACCAAUACGCCAGAUUCUUCGAUCUCGACGCUCCUUGUCUCCUCUGCACAAGAAUAGACCACGUUCUCGUCCCUAGGGAUCCUCAUUUCUAUUACAACGACUCGAUCUGCGACUCUCACAAGAAGAAAGUCUCUUCCCUUGCUUAUUGCCACGUCCACAAGAAACUCUCCGAGAUCAAACACAUGUGUGAAGGAUGUCUCCUCUCUUUCGCUACCGAGAAAGAAUCUGAUUGUGAUACGUAUAAGUCUCUCAUUGGGAUCUUACAUAAAGAUCUUGAGGUUCUUAUAGAAGAUGAAAGAGAUCUUCCCUUGGGGCUCAAGAAACAGGACGAUCUUGUUCAGACAACAACAACACAUCUGAUAGAUUACAAGACAGAUAGCUUGAAACAACAUUGUUCGUGUUGUGGAGAAUUAUUGAAGACGAAAUCUGAAAAGUUCUUAAAGAAGAACAAUUCUUUCCUAGCUCCUGCUCCUUCUCCUAGGGUUUCGUACAACAAGCUGUCUGAAAUUAAUGAGUCUGAGUUUAAGGACUUUGAUGUGGAGGAGAGAACACCGAGUUUUGUAAGAGGAGGCAACAAGUUCUUUGGGGUUCCUCUGUCUGAUUCAGCGCAAAACAGUCCAAGAUGGUCCGUUAGAUCUCUCAGGAAACCCCCCUCUUUGGAUAAGAUUGAGAUACCUGAUUCAAACGGUGAAUCCAUCCUUAAUCAGCUCAAGAAAGAGGUUCGUUUGGACAAGAAGUCACUGAUAGAUCUGUACAUGGAGUUAGAUGAAGAGAGAAGUGCUUCAGCUGUUGCAGCAAACAACGCAAUGGCUAUGAUCACAAAGCUGCAAGCCGAAAAAUCGGCUAUUCAAAUGGAGGCAUUGCAGUACCAAAGAAUGAUGGAUGAACAAGCUGAGUAUGACCAAGAGGCUUUGCAGUCUAUGAGUAGUGACUUGGCGAAGAAGGAAGAGGAAUUUAAGGAACUUGAAGCUGAGUUUGAGGCUUAUAGAGAGAGGUACGGAUGUUUGACUGAUGAUGAAGCCUCGGGAGAUGAGUUUCUUGAGGAACAAGGUAACGCUAGGGCAGAUGAUGAAGGCGCAGGAGAUGAGUUUCUUGAGGAACACGGUAAUGCUAGAGCAGAUGAUGACUGCCAAGAAACCAAACCAGACUCUGACUUUGAAGAUUGUUCUUCAAAUCAAGAGGAGGAUGUAGAAAACGUUGAUCAAAAUAGGUCUUGUAAAUCCGAAGAAUCUGGACUUUUGGUACAAAUGAAAAGCUCAGAGCAGUCUACUGAAGUGAAUGGUGCAUCUGCAGAGGAAGAGAAAGGAAGUGUAAGCAAAGAAGGGAUAGUAAAAGAGCUUUCGGAGAUCACAGAGAGGCUAAGUGCGCUUCAGUCAGAUGGUGAACUGUUGAAACAUAUUGCAGAUGUUAGUGAAGGAGAAGCAAUGCUAUUGCAAAUAUCUCAGAACUUGCACAUGCUUCGUAGUAGUUUUGUUGCUAUGCCUUCAGAAUCAUGAACUUGUUGUAAUAAUAACAUCAUUUUGUUGUUUCUUGCAUAACAAGAAAGCUUCUAAACCCCAUUGUAUUAACUUGAAAACAUUUCUUUUAUUAUUAUUAUUAGUUACUAAAUAUUUUUAGAGUUUCUCCAUGAACGUAAAUUGGAUUGCAUUAGGGUUGAGGUCUGAUUGGUUGAAACGCAAAUUUGUUUUCUUUUAUUGUCCAUGAAACCAAAAAUUUAGUUACAUUCAGACCUAACUUACUUGGCCUAAAUGAAAACCAAUAGUACUACACCAAUUUGUACCCAAUUCAAUCUUUCAUGUGUCUUCCUCAAACACGUCUUACCUUAUCCAAUCUAGUCAUAGGGUUGAUCCAAGACAACCCAGUUUUCUAAGGCUAUAUAAUCUAACAAUAAGCAUGGUGACUUAUCAUCAACAACAACAUCGUCAUCAUAACUCCAAAGCAAUGGCUAAUAGUCCAAAAAACCUUCUUCUCUCUCUCUCGAGUGUUUUAAUCCUCCUUACACACUGCAUCAUUCACAGGCUCACAGCCUCUUUCCAAUCAUGCAGUCCCAUUACGUGUAUUGCGCUUGUCUGACCCUGUAGAAUAAAUAUUGUAGAGCUUGUUUAUGAUACUGAGUCCACUACUACAUAUAAAUAGAUUCCUUGUGAGACAUAUUAUGGGCUUAUGUCACAUUUGACACACAUACACUUACAUUCGAAUUAUUGAAAGGGAAAUUGCACCCUAUAUACAUGAAAAAAACUUAAAUACACUAACUAACCAAAAUCUUCACCUCUCUCCUACUUUUUCUUCCUAUCUCUUUCUACUUUCUCUCCCAAAAUCUAAUUUUCAUUUUUUUUUGGUUAUUUGGCAAAUAAGCCCUUAUUGAAAUUCGUAUAAUAUAACACAACAAUAAUUUUCAUUGGAAACUGGAAGAAUCUUAGAGCAACAUUAUUGCUGGGACAAAUUUUAGGUAUCUUAGCAUUUUUUAUUAUUAUUUUUUGAAUAAGAGAUAUUGUUAAGAGACAAUGUUAAAUAUACAGAUUAUUGGUAGAAACUUUUAUGUUGUCUCUUAGUAAAAAACAUAUAAAAGAACCCUAAAUUAAGAACAACAAGAACAAGAACAGAACAACAACGUUUGCUUAUAUAACAGAACAACAAUAACAGAACAACAA